UUGUCCAAAAGUGUGGAAACAACUUACGCCAAUAUCACUAUUCAUACAAACUCUCUCUCUCUCCUCAAAAUCUCCCAAUUCAAAUUCCCCCAAAAAAACCCUAAAAAUGGCGUCAAUCCCACUCCUCCGACUCUCUCUCCUCCCUUCAACCACCACCACCACCACCUUGAACCACCGCCGAAAAACCCUAACACCACCACUCUCUCUCCUUUUCCACCCUCUCAAAUCACCCCCAAUCACAAAAACCCAAUUUCCAAUCUCUCCAAAACCCAAAACCCUAAAAACUCAAAAACUCAUUUCCAUGUCUUCUUCUUCAACUGUUCCUGCAACAGAACGCUUAAUCUCCUCCAUUUCCUACUUUCUCCCCUUUCUUAAUGGCCUCCAUUACGGCCGCUUUCUCCUCGCGCAAUUCCCACCUUUAUCUCUCUUCUUCGAACCUUUUCUCCCAUUUUUCUCUCUCUACAAAUCAAUCCCAUAUGCUAGUUUCGUCUCUUUCUUCGCGAUUUAUUUAGGUGUUGUUAGAAACCCUAGUUUUUCUCAUUAUGUUAGGUUUAAUGCAAUGCAAGCUCUUGUUCUUGAUGUUCUUCUUGUUCUUCCUUUGCUUUUGCAGAAGAUUUUUACUCCUGGGAAAGGAUUAGGGUUUAAGAUUAUGGUUAUGUGUCAUAAUUUUUUGUUUGUUUUUGUUGUUUCGUGUUUUGUUUAUGGCGUUGUUUGUUCUCUUUUGGGGAAGACUCCGUAUUUGCCCUUUGUUGCUGAUGCUGCAGGAAGACAGCUCUGAUUUUAAUCGAGAAAUUAGGGUUUUGAUUAAUAAAAUUUUGGGGGUUUUUUCAAUUUUUGUGGGUAGAUUUGAGUUGAAAUCGUUACUACUUUGAUUAUGUAUGUUGUGAUAGUUUAUUGAAUUGGAGAAUUUUGGUAUAGUGAUUCUACAUUUUGUGUUUUA